AUGGCAUAUCAUGCUGAUAAUGGCAUUAGUUGUCAUAGAGGUGUCUUUAUCGUAAUUGAAGGAUGUGAUAAAAUUGGUAAAACAACUCAAUGUCUUAAACUGGUUGAAAGUUUAAAUGAACAUGGUAUACCAUGUGAGUAUAUGAGUUUUCCAGACCGACAUACUGAAGUGGGAAAAAUAAUUGACAAGUAUUUAAAGAGAGAGAUUGAGGUGGAGAACGAAGUCAUACAUCUGUUGUUUUCUGCUAAUCGGUGGGAAUUAAAAUGUGUAAUGAAGAAGAAACUCCUGGAUGGUGUGUCUAUAGUUGCUGAUAGAUACAGUUAUUCUGGACUUGCUUAUUCGGCAGCGAAACCGGAAUGGUGUUGGAAUACUGAAAUUGGACUUCUUCAGCCAGACGUAGCAGUUUUUUUUUAUGUGAAUGGAACAGUUAGUUUAUCAAGAGAGAAGUAUGGACUGGAACGAUAUGAAGUACUCGAUUUUCAAGAAAAGGUGAAGGCAAAUUUUAAGAGAAUUAAGUUUCUAAGAUCAAUGAUCAUAGGCGAUAAUGAUGAUAUGAAUGUCAUUCAUUAUCGACUGUUUCGCAUUGCCAAAGAAGUAAUUGACAUCGUUCAGAAUGCACAAUUGAAUAGUUUUACUAAUCCAGUAUAA